CUCUCCCUAAGUUCAACACCAGAGCCAAAACCAACCAAAUUUUCUCUCUCUACAUUUUGGCUGCUGUGUUAUAAGGUAGUACUGCUUUGCUCGACUUUGGAACGCUGUUUUCUUGAGAAGUGGCAUCUUCUUCCUUGAAGGGGGAAAAAAAAAGGGAAAGUUUCCUUCUUUCUCUCUGAAGAAUCAAAAAACUUGUGCCUUGUGGGUGAGAAAUGUAUGCAGAGGCAGGGCUAUUUUCCCCUUACAUGCAGAACUUCUGUCAAGAUUUUCAGCAGUUUGAAGAGUUCUGCAAAACCCAGAAACCCAAUGCUUCAAUGAACAACUUGGUUCAGACCUCCACAAUAUCUGAAUAUGACCUGGGAGGAGAAGGUGAUCUGUUCAAAGCUCCAGAACCCAUCAUUGAAGAACCAAUUGUGGGCCUUGAUCCCAUGACUGCAGCCAUCUCAUUAAUCUCCUGUGGUGAAGAUGUCAUUACUUCACAAGGACUUAAGGCUGCAGAUAUAGAAUCAAUUCAAAAUGAGCAACUUUUAGAGGUUCUCUAUGAGUGCGAGAAGGAUCUCAUGGCUCAAGCAGCAAUAGAAACACCACUGUCUGAAGUCUUGGAUAUAAAGAUUCCUGUUGUGAAGACUGAUGAAAACCAAAAUCAAGAAAACAAAUUGCUCUGUGAUGUACCAUUCCAGAAAAGUGUCAGUUCAGGUUGUUUAAGCUCAAUGGAAUGGAUGCAAGGGGCUGCAAUCAAGCCUAGUUUUCUGGAUUUCUCCGGAAUGGAUUUUGGUUCUGUCUAUGGAAUGAGGAGAGCAUUUAGUGAAGGAGAUAUAAAGACUCUUGGCAAUGGUAAUACGACUGUAAUCCAUUCUCCCCUUGAGCGACCAUUAAUUGUCAGCAGCUGUUCUACUGAAGAUCGAAGGGAGAAGCUUUCCAGAUACAGGAAUAAGAAGACAAAGAGGAACUUUGGAAGGAAAAUCAAGUAUGCUUGCAGGAAGGCUCUUGCUGAUAGUCAACCAAGGAUCCGAGGAAGGUUUGCAAGGACCGAAGAAUCUGACAACCCGAAGAGGCAACAACUUUUGGCUAAUUAAAUAAUUACUAAGUAAAACAGGAAUGAAGUAGCUAGGUCCAAUGAGGUAAUGGAAAAGAUGAGUAGUAGUGUCAAUUUGGCAUAUAUAGCCUUUGUGGAAAUCUUAGACAGGUAAAUGCUAAAUAAACCAGAACCCAGCUCCUGAGAAAUAGUUCUGUCUUAAUUUGCUGUAAUAAUACCCUCUGUAUCGGAAAUGGCCAAGUAGGAUGUACAUAGUGUCUGUUCAAUAAAAUGGCAAAGCAGAAAUUUGUACUUGUUCA